GCAGGGAAGACGUAUGGACAACUAUGUCGUCAAGUUUGCCGGUUUUAAAAGUGCCACUUCACGUGCCCGCUCUGGAAGAAGUUGCAAAAGUAUUGGAGUUGGGACUGAAGAAGAAUUUUGCUGAUGUGCGUGUGGAUGUGGUGGACUGCCCUGACCUUACUCAACCUCCAUUCCAGCUGGCCUCCACAGGUUUGUGCGGCAACCCCCGAUUAGCAGAUGUUGGCGGUGUCCCCAACCUUAUUCCACUUGCAAAUUCAGCAAAGAACUAUAACAUGGAGGAGAUGGCAGGUCUUUUGGAGCUACCCUACGGGCUCCUGGUUGGAGCUGGGGCUGGCCCUAACCAUGUGGCCGGCGUCAACUGUGAGAUGGCAUGUAACAUUAAAUUCGAGCAGUCCAGAGAGAAGACAGAAAACAGAACAUGUUUCUUCAAGGUUAACCCAAAAGAUGAAACUCAUUUGCAACUGGAUUUGAAGUCUACAGAGUUUAGUCUGAUGGCCAAUCUCUUUUGCUCAGAUGGUGAGCCUGGCAAGGUAAUAGAAGCUGUGGCAAAGCGUAGGACGGGGCCUCUGAGCUACAUGACCUGCCUGAGGAAGGCUUUAGCUGAUCAUUUUGCUUCCAAACCUGUGGGAAUGGGUGGCACUUUUGCCAUUGAGAAGGGUAAAGCCAAACUCCAUAUCAUGCCGUCUUUUUCAAAAGUUCCCUUGACAUGUGAUGAGGAUGUUGACAAAUGGCUGAAGUAUUACGAGAUGAGCGCACCUAUCAUUUGUGUGGGAGAGCUGAUAUCACAUGACCCUGAUCUGGAUCUGAGAAUGGAACAUUUUCACUGUUAUAGUGACCAUGGUGAGGGCGGCCAUUAUCAUUAUGACACAACGCCUAACGAGGUGGAAUACAGGGGUUAUUUUAACAUAGCAGAAUACAUGUUCAGGAUUGAUAAACCUUUAGAGACUCACAUGAUAGGUAGAGACUGAUGAGACUGAUGAAACGCUGGUGCGUCAUUAAAAACAGUGAACUUUGACAGCCUUUUUAAACUUUUAUGCAGAGAUUAAGCCUUGUGCCUUGAUUUAUUUUAGAAUGCAUUGUAAGCAAACUAAAAUCCUAGUAUACACAAAACAUACACACAAAAUACUGUUUAUAACAAUAUCAUUUUAAUUAAUUUUCAGUAUAUUUUAAUAUUUUUAAUUGAAUGUUAUUUUAUUGAAUAGUAGUUGACUGAAUGUAUGAUUAUGUCAUUGACAGUUAUGUUUAUAUAAUAUGGUAUUUUACCAGGUUGUUCAAAGUAUAUAUGUUCAAAGACAGCUGAAAGUUAUACAUGUGUAGAAUAUUAUACAGAGUAUUAAUGGAGGUAAAUUAUUUAUAUGUAUUUCUGAAUCAGUCAAUGUGUGUCAAAACUGAAACAGCCAAAGC